AUGGCCUUAUCAGGAGGACUGAACUUUACAGCAAUGGAGCCUCUGAUUAGCUGGGAUUCGGAGAAAAGAAAAUUUCUCUGUUGUUUGUAUCGAUUCUGGGAUCGGGAUAUCAACGCUUACAAGGCAGUAUUCGACGCCGUCUAUCGAGACGAUUUGAGAAACGCAGGCUUUAGAGAUGGUACUCCCAAAGAAAGACUUCGCGGCCAAUGGCACCACUUGAAGUCAAAAGUGCUCCCGGACUGGGUUGACGUCCAUCUGUCUCCCUUUGAUAAAGAUGGACGGUGGGCGCCCUUCAUUGCGACCAUCCGCAGGACUUUGAGAUCCUUAGAUAUACGCCUCAGGGAGAAUACGGGAGUGGAUGAAGUCAUUGACGAGUAUAUCACCCACGAGAUCGAGGAGGAACCGGCCGAUGUCUCUGUGCAUGAGGACAGGACCCUUUGCAAAUUCGGCAACAAAGAGUGUUUCUGGUGUGUACAGGAGCACAUCACAAAUAAACGAGGAAAUACAAGACUGAGAGAAGACGGCAUACCGCCAGUACUGUAUCGGUGGUCGAAUGUCGACUCGCAGGGCAUCAACACGAAGAAUCUCUUGGUUGCGGGUCUCUUCGAUGAUUGGGACAGGUACUUCUCACCGAACACAAUACGACCAGAGAAGUUCGUGGAGUAUUUCCGGAAGCAUGUUCAUGGAGAGGAGGUUCUGUCCCCAUUCAUCUCGACGUUCAUGUCAAUGCUCUCACCCGUGCACCGUGCCAUACGGAACAAAGAAGGUGCUCUCAUUUCCGUGAUUGAUACCAAGGGGCUUGACUUUGUGUACUCAGCCAGGGAUCUGUUCAGGACACACAAAGUCCGGGUAGGAAAGAGCUUUUACAACGGCGCCGGGGAGUUUUUGAUUUGGGGGAAAGUCCCCUCCUCUAACAUAAUUUGUUUCUUUAAAGUCAGCACAUUGGAACAGAUUGCAGACGAGCACAAAGAUAUUGCUGAACUCCUUCGGCUCGACACCAUUGCGUCGUAUAAGUGUAAUCGACAUGCGUUGAAAGCUGCGCUUUCACAGCGAGAGCAUUAUUCCGAUCACACAUCUGGCAACAUCAUUGGAAAGCUUCUGUCUCUACUUCAAGUUCGAUAUGAGUAUAGUGAUGAAAUCGGACGAGGCAUGUUCUAUUCCUGGCGUCUUCGGUAUUUCUGGCAUCUUCGGAAAUCCGACAAUCCCGGGGAAGCAUUUUACGAGGGUAUACGUACAGGAUAU